GUGAAUCUCGUGAGAUGAAGUCCGUCAGUCAGGAUCAGAGCUUCACGGACUCGGAGCUGGACAGAUCAUACGACCCGCUAACAGGUCACCUGCCGUCCAGACCCAAUAAGAAGACCCUAAAGCAGAGGUUCCUCAGACUGCUGCCCUGCUACCCGUCAGCCUCGAGCUCCUCCACCAAUCAGAACAGCGAGGUGGGCGACGGGGGGCUCUCCACGGUGUACUGCAGACCAGAAGGUCUGGACAAGCUCGCCCAGCGGACCAAGUUCAACCGGAGAGAGCUCCAGAUUCUCUACAGGGAGUUCAAAAAUGAGUGCCCCGGCGGGACGGUGGACGAGGAGGGCUUUAAGGCGAUCUACUCGCGCUUCUUCCCCCAGGGAGACUCCAGUAUGUACGCUCACUUCCUGUUCAGAGCGUUCGACACGCAGAGGGACGGCGCGGUCAGCUUCCAGGACUUUGUGACGGGGCUGUCCUCCAUCCUGAGGGGCUCUGUGACGGAGCGGCUGGGCUGGGCCUUCUGCCUGUACGACCUCAACCACGACGGCUGCAUCUCCAGAGAGGAGAUGACGGACAUCAUGCACUCCAUCUACAACCUGAUGGGGAAGAACACCUCCCCGGGCAUGAAGGCCAGCGCCCCCGACGAGCACGUCGACCUCUUCUUCAGGAAGAUGGACCGGAACAGAGACGGUGUGGUGACCAUGGAGGAGUUCAUGGAGACGUGCAGGAAGGAUGAGAACAUCAUGCAGUCAAUGCACAUGCUGGACCACGUCAUCUAGAGCGGAGAGGGGGACCCAGGGAGAAGACCAGGACCCUCCAGACCAGGGCUACUGGGACCAGGGCUACUGGGACCAGUUCUAGUCCUAGCGUGGGACAUGCAGAGUAAUGAUUGUGCGUUUAGAUGCCGUGGUAAUACAAUGUCACUCACACCAAGACCACUCUCUGAGAUGGACAUGUCGCUGGACGUGCUUCCAUACGGCAUGAGCACAACGUCUGACCGCGGCAGUCAGUGCGUCGUACUGCCUCACAUGAACACACAAUCACCUUUGGACGAUCAAUGAUUUGGGCUCUGAUAGGUUGAACUGAUUAUCAAUGCAUGAGGUGUGAUCUGACCGUUAUAUCACAUAUUGUUUAAAGUUUCUAUGCAUCGAAAAAUAUUCCAGGCGAUGGAUAUAUUUCUACAUAUUUCGAGUUAUGAUUUGAAACAAUUCAUGACUAUGGUCGAAGCCACUUUCCUUGAAUUAAUCAAUGAAUGAACUUUUAGUUCUACAAUCUAAACGAAGCAGCUACACACAGCUGGGAGAUGUCAAUUAUUGCACACUAAAAUCUAAUUUGUUUAGCAAAGAAUGUGUAGGUGAGAUUAUGGAAAUAAUUAAAGCACACACAUUUCCAAUCAGUUUGUAAUGAACACUGGAAACCGAAUUUGUUUAAUAUAUAUUCUUUAUUUUUGUAAACAAAAUUUAAGUAAAAAAUCGUAAGUACAAAGACCACUUUUCUUCAGUAGUUUAUUCUAGCGCUAGUAGUUUGCCCGGCUAAAUUAAUAUAUGGUGAACAACCGUGUCGACGUUGACCAUUAAUGCAAAGAUUUAUUCUAUCACAAAGAAGAUGCAUCUCUGAAAGGUUGCUUGAGGCCAAGAUAUGACCCGUGUAGGAAACAUCUUAAAAACAUUUGGAACGAUUAGAAACUGUUGUUACAGAGACAGUCUUUGUCGACCUUAUCCAAAAUAACCAACGAAUAAUAAACACGUUAUAACCCAGAAACGGGGCACCCAGCAGUUAUUAAUCUGCCCUCUUCAUUGGUUCUCCAUUGAGGCGUGAGAUGUGAACGUUAGACUGCUCCACCUUCGGGCGACACCACCCAGACUCAGGUUCUCCCGACGGUGCUGAUCGGACCGAGGAGCGUCCUAAAGAUCAUGAUCGCCGUGGUGUCGGCCGUAUCGAUUACUCUUUUCCGUAUAAAAUGGAAGCUACAUGAUUAUCGUCACAAAAUAAAAAUCUCUUUGGCAUAGAUUAUUCACCCCAAAAGCACACACACACAUACACGCACACACCCUUAAAAUAUCUUCUAAAAAACCCACAGGCAUUCUAAAAGUCAUAAUCAACAUUAUCAGCGUCACAAGAAACUAUGAGAUAGAGAUGGGACAUAAUUAAUUGUUACAUAGUCAGUGAUUACCCAAUAAACAGUUGGAUCAGAAGCAAAAGCACUAUUAAAGUAUAUAUGAUUCAUGUGUCCGUUCAUCCCCGUCCU